AUGGACGGAGAGAAGAAGACCCACGAGGUCAACUCGGCAACCUCAACGGCGUCAGAUGUCGGCGUCGGCACCCACGAGGAUGCGCCGCAGAACGUCUCUUGGGGAAGGAAGAUUCUGUACCAUCUAUGGGAUGCUGAUCAGCAUUUAAAGAGCCCUGAGGAACGCGCUUUGGUUCGGAAGCUGGAUUUCGGUAUCUUGAUUUGCGCGACACUUGGCUGGUGGAUGAAAUACAUUGACCAGAGCAACAUCACAAACGCCUACGUCAGCGGAAUGAAGGAGGACUUGAAUAUACAAGGAAACGAGUACACCUACAUGCUCAUGUGUUACACCAUUGCCUUUGCCAUUAUGCAAAUUCCGUCAAACCUAAUCGCCCUCAAGAUCCGUCCGCGUUAUUGCAUCGUCUUUUGCGAAGUAGGAUGGACCGCCUUUACCUUCGCGCAGGCAGCGGCCCAGAACAGCAACCACAUGUACGCCUUCCGCUUCAUGAUCGGGCUCUUUGAGUCUGGCUUCUCGCCCAUCAUCAUCUUCCUCCUCGGGUCGUGGUACACCAAGCCCGAGCUGGCGAAGCGCGUGGCCAUUUGGCACAUUACCGGCUUCUUUGGCCAGGCGACGUCUGGGUUUCUGCAGGCGGGCAUCCAUAAGUCUCUGAAUGGGCAUUUGGGGAUGGCUGGGUGGAGGUGGAUGUACAUUGUCUGCGGCUGCAUGUCUCUGCCUGUGGCUCUCUCCGUGUGGUGGCUGCUGCCUGACUACCCGCACAAUACGACUGCGUGGUACAUCACCGAGGAGGACAAGCAGAUUGCGAUGCAGCGCGCGGCGAAGCAGGGCAAGGCGGAGAUCACGGGCGUUGUGGACGUGAAGCUCCUCAAGCGCAUGCUUGGGAACUGGCGCUGGUGGAUCUUGUGCCUGAUGUACAUCUUUUACGGUAACUCGUGCCAGGCCAACAACUACUUUGCCAUUUACCUGCGCGAGAACGGAUACAGCGUCACCCAGCGCAACGUCAUACCGGCGUGCGCCAACCUCGUCACGAUGUUCACGGACUUUGCAUGGGGCUUCAUGUCGGACAUGACUGGCAACAGACCCUUGUGGAUCAUUGGUCCUCUGAUGGGCACCACAGUCGUCGGCUCUUCCAUACUUACUGCGUACCCUGCAACAGAUGCUGCACGAGUCGCCGGCUUCUUCCUCGUUUCUUGCGGUUAUGUCACGGCUGUUACUUGGACUUGGGCAAAUGAGGUGAAUAAUGGCAACGCGGAAGAGCGUGCUUUGACUAUUUCCAGCAUGAACGGGCUAUUCUACGCAACCAAUUCGUUCCUCCCCAUUCUCAUCUUCCCACAGACCAUGGCGCCCAAAUUCGAGCGAGGCUUUCCCUCCAUCCUCUCAUUCGCUCUCGCUGCCGUCGUACUCGUUUUCAUUGCAGACUUCCUGCACAAGCGUCAGCUACGACAAGAAAUGCGUGCUGCUGGCGAACAGCCCGUCUCUGAGACUGCUGUGGAAGAUGAAGGCGACAAGAAGGAGAAGGAAAUGGAGAGUAAGCUUUCUGGAGCCAUUGAACCAGUUCAAAACUCUUCUAGCAUCAUCUGA